GGUGGCAGCAGAGGGCCCCGCUCGGGCGGCGCAAGCGCAACCAGGUGCGCGAGUAGAGUUUGCUGCAGCAGGAAGCGACAGGGCUGCUGUUUUGCAGAGGAGGUUCUUGAACGAUGGCGGAAGGUGACUUGCAGGCCUUGGUCCGUCGCUUCUACAGUCUACAAAGUGAACGUGUGGAAGCCUAUCGCCUCUUUGAGGAAGGCCACCGAGCAUACCUGAGAAGCAGCCCCUCCUAUGACUUCAUCCGCUACCGUCAGCUGGUCCAUGAGAUCACACAGGCCUUCAGUGGGAUCUCUCAGGAAAUCCUGCAGAUCAAAGGACAACUGGAGGGUCCCCACGGGCGGGCAGACCUCGCCCAGCACUUGAGACGUCUCCAAGAGAAGGAGAAAGAGAAACUCGAGCUGACAGCAGAGCUGCAGCUUGCCAAGCAAAAUGCGCAAGACCAUCCUGGCACCGAUGCCUGUGAGCAGGAAGUGCGAGAGCUGAAGCAGAAGCUAAUUCAAACCAUCGAGGCAAUCAGCGAAAUUCUCCAGGACUUCAAGUACGAUUCGGAAGAGAGCGGUUGACGGGGCGUCCCCAGGGAUCGGCUGCGGCGAAGCUGGGGAGAGGGAUGUUUGCACGUUGGCCGGGGGAGGGGGCGGGGGCAGACUCUACCAAGGCCCAAGUUCUCCAUGCCCCCGCCUACCCUUUUGUACCGACCUUUGAUUGUGCCAAUUCGCACAUAACACGGAUGCCGUGGGAAGGGCGGUUCUUUCUUUUUCAGAACCCACGCCAACCACUUUCAGAAUAGAUCUGUCUUUGCACUGGAUCCAAACUGGGGAGAAGGGGGGGGGGGGUACAGAGCUGUACUUUAGCUUCCCAUCUAAUGAAAGGGGCAGUGGGUGGUGGGAGUUGGUCAUUCCUCUUUCAAUAAAUCAGUAUCUUUUUGUGAAUGUAUUUCUGAGGAAUCCGUUUUCUCCAAACGGCUGUCAGUUUUGAAGGAGGGAGCGUCCGGUCCACGAUUCCCGGGACAUGGAUAUGGAAAACUUCUAGAUUAUAUGUGUCGCUUAUCCAGUGCAAAUAAUGUUCCUGUUUUUGCAGUGCUAGCAAUAUGGGAGCGUAGUUGGUUACGGUGGCACAGCGCAGGCGAGGAUGGAAUGAAGUAGUUAGGUACUGUUCAUCUAUUGGGUUAACAAAGCAACGAUUUCAUUUACUAGUUGAAUGUGACUGGAAUGAUGCCCAUGAUACUGAAAUGCCAUGAGAAAGCGUUCUCCAUUAAAUUUAGGUAUUGAACCUGCUGCUAA